AAUGUUAAAAUGAUAGUAAGUUAAAAUGUUGAAUUAGGCGCGAAAGCAGGAGCGGUGAAGCGACACAUAUAAAAGAAACAAUGGCGUGAUGUGAUGGUGCAUUCUUCCCUCCCUCACACUCACUGCAAACAAACUUUCUAAACCAUUUCGCGGCAACUUCUCUCUCUAAACCCUGCCACCUCUCUGUCAUCCAAUAAACCCUAAACCCUACCAAUGGUAAAAAGGAUUUAUGGCACCAAAGAAGAAGCCUAGAGCUACGAAUAAGCCGUUAUCAAUUUUGGAGGUUUCUCAUGAGGAAGAUGAAGCUGGCUCUAGUAGGCAACGGAAGAAAAAGUUGUCUGAUAAAUGGGAACCUAAAUGGAACGAGGAGGAACUAAAGCAGUUUUAUGAAGCGUACAGGAAGUUUGGUAAAGACUGGAAGAAGGUGGCUGCAGUUGUAACUAACAAAUCUGUCAAAAUGGUGGAGACUCUUUACAAUAUGAAUCGGGCAUACCUAUCUCUUCCGGAGGGGGUAGCUUCUGUUGUUGGCCUAAUUGCAAUGAUGACAGAUUACUAUAAUGUGAUGGAAGACAGUGAUAGUGAAAGUGAGAGCAAUGAUGUUCGAGGAUCUCAAAAACCUAUUAAACAAAAAUGUCGCAAAAAUCAGCUUAGGGUCACUAAUGAUUCUGUCCAAUCUCAAUCAAUUGCUUUCAAUGAAGGUAACCGACCACGGGCAGUUGGGAAAAGGACGCCUCGUUUCUCAGUUGACUACUCUUAUAAGAACAAGGAUAGGGAAAAUAAUGUUUUGCCUAAUGAAAGAAACCCAAAGUCAGAGUUUGGUGCUAAUGAUGGCGAAGAUGCGAUUGAACUUGUACGUAUUUCGACUUUGGCAUCAGCUGAGGUUGCACAAGGAGGUGACUGUCCCAGAGUAUCUCAAAAGCUGCCAUACAAAAGAACAAAGCAGAAAGUCGCUCCUGUUCAGAGGGGGCAAAGAAUGCACCAAGAGUCUGAGAUAGUUCCUGCCAAGUUUUAUGAUGCUUCUAUUGAUGAAGAGUGCUUGGAAGAUAGAAUAGAAAGUAGGGGAGCUGAAAAAGGUGAAUGUGCUAGAGAUACUGAUUCCUUAUUGAACAUGGAAGGCAUAGGCACUGUUGAAGCUCAUCAGAGAGGGAAAAAGAUUCAUGGAAAGAAGGAAAGAGCGGAAACUGUUGGAAACCAUCUUCAUGAUGGUGGAGAAGCCACUACAUGUGGAGGUAAAAGAAGCAAGAAAGUUUUCUAUGGAGAUAAAAGCCCUUCCUGGGAUGCUUUCCAAACCUUGGUUGAUCUGUCACUUUCUUUAAUGAUACCAACACCCGAAUCUGGUAAGAAUGGAGUCUUCGGCACAUCAACAAGCCAAAACAGAGAGAGAAUUAAACUUCCGAGUCUUAAACAAAAGGUCCAUCAUGCAGUCCCUGGAGUUGGUUCAUCAACUAAACUUAGAAGUAGACGUAAGACAAUUUUACAGAGAUCAUUCACACGUAAAGAGAAAUCUUCUGAGAACAUAUUGAAUAGUGAACCUAAUAAAUAUUUGACCCUUGUCCAAGAUAGGGCAUUAUUGUUAAAGGAAAAGCUUUCUGUUUGCUUGUCGUCCUAUAUGGUUCGUAGAUGGUGUAUGUUUGAAUGGUUUUAUAGCGCAAUUGAUUAUCCAUGGUUUUCCAAAAGCGAGUUCACGGAAUACUUAAAUCAAGUUGAUCUAGGGAGAAUCCCAAGGCUAACUCGUGUUGAGUGGAAUAUCAUAAAAUGUUCCCUUGGCAAACCUCGCAGGUUUUCUGAACACUUUCUUUAUGGAGAAAGACAAAAAGUUAAACUGUACCGGGAAUCUGUUCGGAAAUAUUACAAUGAACUGUGGACUGGCAUCAGAGAUGGACUUCCAUCGGAUUUGGCUAAACCAUUAUGUGUUGGACAAAGAGCGAUUGCUUUCCACUCAAAAACAAGAGAGAUUCAUGAUGGGAGUGUGCUUGAAGUUCACCAUGACAAGUACAGUGUUCAGUUUGACUGUCCUGAAUUGGGUGUUGAACUUGUCAUGGACAUUGAUUGCAUGCCUUCAAAUCCGUUGGAUAAUAUGCCAGAAACUCUAAGGUGGCAGUUUGGUUCUGGUAAUGUCCCUUGUAUGAGGGAAAAAAAAGACAUGAAAGAAAAAUCACGUUUUGGAGGCUGCAUGACAAGUGCUUCAAGUGGACUUAUGGAAAAGGCAGCCUCAUCUUCAAGUACUAUGGCUAAGCACAAAAAGGUUUCUAAACCGGUGCUUCAUUUGAAGCAACGUAAUACUUACUUGAGAAACUCUCAGCCACCACGGAUGAUAGAUGGUUCUCUGGUACAAGAGUUCCCAUCAAGUGUCGAAAUUAUUAAAGAAUCCAUUCUUAGAGCACAUGCUAUGGUGGAUGCUGCAUUUAAGGCAUUGUCUUCGACGAGGGAAGGUGAAUAUGCUUUCACGAGGACUGGGCAGGUACGGUCAAUUUUCUGUUCAUCGGAGCCUCUACUCAAUGAUACAUCUGGUCAAGAAGUGCAUAAUAAAGUCGAUACUCAAAUUCCUUUGGACCUUAUAACUUCCUGUGUCGCCACAUGGAUCAUGAUACAGACUUGUAUUGAACAACAAUAUGCUCCAGCUGAUGUGGCUCAGAUAUUAGAUUCUGCUGUUACCAGCCUGCGUCCACGCAGUCCACGAAACCUUGCUGUUUACAGAGAAAUUCAAAGGUGCAUGAGAAGAAUUAAGUCUCAGAUUUUAUGUCUUAUCCCUACUUGAUUCCUCUGUUCCUUUUCUCGACUUCUUGUAUAUAGGAAUUAGGAUGCUGAAAUAUUGAUUCAGAUUACAUAGAAGUUUCGGCAUGAAACAGCUUUUGAAAUCGGAUAUUCCAUUAGCAAUAAGCCAAUAAUAAAUAAAUUGGAACUUUGAUUGAAAUUCAGGAUAACAUGUUUAUUCGUCUAUCUCCGCGGAAUACUUAUGCAAAUUUAAAAUAUUUAAUAUUAGAAUAAUUGUUAUGGCUAAUUUAACCUCUAAGGUUUAUUGUAGUGGCAAUAUUUGGUCUCUUAUUUUUGUUGUUACUAUUGACUUGGAAGAAUAGGAAUGGUAGAAUUCUUGAGAAUAAGCUGGUAGGGCCCUUUGGAUAUUAUUUAUUCUAUUCAAUGUCAAAUAAUCGCUACUUCCUUGAGUAUAUGCGCAUAGACAAAUUCAAUUGAUUUCAUUCGUUGACAUGAUCGAUUUAAAUUGAAUUGUGACGGGAUUGUGAAUAAGAAAGCAGGUGUCGCUUCAGUUAGAGGUGUUUUACGAGAUUCAUGUGUUAUCGUUAUUUUUUUUCCUUUGCAGCACAUAUAGGCCUUUGUGAAGUUGCUAUUCCUAUGGCUGAUGAGGGCAAUUAUCUGAAAAUCUUUAUUGUAUGGCAGCCUGGCUUUAAGGAUCCAUCGUGGAAUCUGAAUCUAGUAUUUCUAUCCAGUGGUUGACAACGAGCUGUAUCCCUAUGCAUCCUUGUAGUACUUUGGUGUAUGAUAUCUAUCAUUUAAUAGAAGAGAUGGUAAUUUUGUUUGGAUUCA